AUGGCGGCGUCCGUGGCGGGGCGAGCGGCGGCCUGGGGGGCGCGCAGGGCGCUGGGGGCGCGGCGGGGCGCCCUCAGCGGCCCCGCCGCGGGCCCCGACACGGCCACGGUGCUGCGGGAGCGGCUGCGGCAGCACCAGGUGACAGGUGCCACCCCGGACCCGCAGGACCGGGACUCUCAGGGGUCUCUGCGGCGCCUCGCGCUGCGCCUGGGGGGGCUCCUGGCGGCCACCGGCGGCGUCACGGUGCUCUACAUCUUCGGCAGCAACGCGGUGGACGAGCACGGGGACAAGAUCCCCGAUGAGUUCGACAGCGACCCCGUGGGGAUCCGGCACCUGCGGAGAACCUACAAAUACUUCAAGGACUACAGACAGAUGAUCAUCGAGCCCACCAGCCCCAAGCUGCUGCCGGACCCCCUGCGGGAGCCCUACUACCAGCCCCCCUACACGCUGGUCAUCGAGCUCACGGGGGUCCUGCUGCACCCCGAGUGGUCGCUGGUGACGGGCUGGAGGUUCAAGAAGCGCCCGGGCAUUGAGCACCUGCUGCAGCAGCUGGCGCCGCUCUACGAGAUCGUCGUCUUCACCUCCGAGACCGGCAUGACGGCGUUCCCGCUGAUCGACAGCAUCGACCCGCACGGGUUCGUGUCCUACCGGCUGUUCCGCGACGCCACGCGCUACAUGGACGGGCACCACGUCAAGGACAUCUCGUGCCUGAACCGGGACCCGGCGCGGGUGGUGGUGGUGGAUUGGCGCCGGGACUCGUUCCGGCUGCAGCCCUACAACGGCCUGGCCCUGCCGCGCUGGGACGGCAGCUCCGACGACCGCGCGCUCUACGACCUGGCUGCCUUCCUCAAGACCAUCGCCCUCAGCGGGGUCGAGGAUGUGCGCUCGGUGCUGGAGAAUUAUUCCCUGGAGGAAGAUCCGCUGGCAGCGUUCCUGCGGCGCCGCACGCGGCUGCAGGAGGAGGAGCAGCAGCGCCUGGCGGAGCUGGCUCAGGGCCGGGCGGCGCCGGGGCCUUUCCUGGGCUCCCUCACCGGGCGCCUCUGGCCGCGCUCCAAGCAGCAGUGACGUCAUCGUUGCCUCGCCGUGACGUCACCGUGACGUCAUCUCUGCUCCGGAUGGGUGGGGAUGGGGACCCGAAAUCCCCGCAACCCCCGCCCUGUUCCCAAACCCCGAAUUCCCGGGGAUUUUGGGGCGGAUUCGGGAGGGUUUUGGGGCUCCGGGCCCGUUUUGGGGUGAAUAAAGGCAGAAAUGGA